AGGUGGGUGGUUCUUUAAAGCCAAUAACUCCUUCCUGAUAGGUUAGGUGAUAGGAACGUCACAGCCAGAGUGUGAGGCUGAUGUGCUUUCCCACAGAGAGCAUUCUGCUCAGCAGCGCCCUUCUCCUUGUCGUUAGAGAGCACACGUUAAAGGGACAGUAGCCAUGCACUAUCACCUUGGGAGAUACAGCUUUUUGGAAUGGCUAAUGGUUAUUAUACUGAUGUUUGGGAUGUCUUAUUGCCAUUCAAUCCAGAGAAUUAAAGAAUAUGGGCUCACAUGUUUCCAUACAGGGGGUAUAAACUGUAAGAAAGCUACAUUAGCCAAACAAAGCUUUUUUUGUCGGACCCCACCUCGUUCUUUACCCUCAGAUGUGCUGCAAAAUAUGAAAGUUUCAACAGUUAUGAAGUGCAGUGGGAAGAGAUGGUGUUCACUUUAUAUCAAUGUUAAUGGGACUGCCAUUCUGAACGAACAUGUUCGAGGGGUAGAAAUAUGUGUCAUGACAAUAAGCUCAUCUCAGACUCAGUGUGAAAGUGUGAGAUUUUCGCACAAAUCAAAGAAUCUUGAUGGUCACAAGGUUGAUAUUCAGCUUAACAGCUUUGAAGUCAGUAUUGGUCAACAAGUAUAUGUGACCAUGAAAACACUGCCAAAUUUUUGCUAUGUUGAACUAGAAAAGUAUCACAGUGUUGAAGGUUGUGACAAUAAAGAUGUAGAAAAUAACAUAUUGUCAUGUUUAGCUGGUAAAUUAGAUUACACGAUAAAUGAAGAAAAAAAAUCCAUAACAGUACAAGUUUCAGAUAUAAUUGAAGGAUUUGAUUAUAAUGUCCGUCUUUGCUGGAAGCGUUUCAUCUGCAAAGAUAUUGGAGCACAUGCAUUGAUAAAAGCAGACAAUUCAGUAAGAUCGGUGAAUUUGAAUUAUGCUGAAAUCUUGCCGUGUUUAUGUAUUGAGGGAUGGUCAGCGAUUCCUGACUCCAGAAGAGUGCGGAUUUGUCCAUUCAAACAUGGUGGGGGUAAACUCAAUGGUCCAGAGAAUUUCAUCCGAUCAGAAUCUCAUCUGUGUACCUGGCUGAAGUGUUGUGAUGUUUAAGUUUGCAAAUUUUUCAUAUUCUCCUACGAAACAUAUUCUCCAUCUUUUUGACACUGUAAAUAAAGUUUAGGAUUUUACCCUAUAAAACAGAAACACACUGGCAACUAAUAAAUUAAAUAUUUAUAAAAACAUUCUCUUUUGUGAAUUAUUUUAUUCCUACUUUUUCUAAUAAAAAACAUUUAUGGAAAUAUGUAUACAACUCUAAAUAAUAUUAUAGUCCCUGAAGGGAUAGUUACGUUAAGAAAGCAUUGAGACCGCAAGUGCAGUGUGCAAAGUGCAAUUUUGAGUGCAAUCAUCAUGUUUCUUACACACAAUGCAGUGCUUUUUUUCCUGGAAGUGAAGCAAUUUCAAUUGCACUUUGAUAUGAAUUAGUUACAGUUAUGCUGAAAUGUUUCUGGUAGAUAGCAUUUCUGGCGUUGAGUGUAAGGGUGACUUCUUUGAUUGACUUGUUUUGGUGCUAUGCCUAUUGACUCCGGGUGCUGUGGAAAUCUUGUAACUACCACCUGGUUUAGUGAUAGCUGUAGCUCCAGGAUUCCCCUGCCUCAAUAGGGACUUGAUUUGGAACAGAAGGAACACAGCAGUGACAAGCACAACUAUUUGGAUGUGCAAGAAACACAUGUUGAUGCAAGUACCUUUUAUGAAUAAGGUUUUAUGGGCAACCAACUGCAGGAAUAUUUAUGGACAUGCAACUGUACUUGCAGUCUUAAAUUACCUCUAUAAUAUUGGAUUAUUCAUAUGUUAAUUCCAAAUUACAAUUUAAAAUGCAAUUUGCACCCAGUUUUCUUAUUGUGGACCAGAAAUAAUGAAAAUAGUAAGGCCAAGUUGCACAGUCUCCUGGUAUUUAUCAUAAAGGAAAAGGAACCACAAACACUGUCAUCAAACUCAUAAAAAACAGAUCAGUCCCAUGCAGUUGUCUUAUAGGAAUGCUUUUUCACUCUGGUGAAUAAAGAUACACUCACAUCUUAAUAGUGGUAUCUUCCAUACAUCUAUAACUGAAAUAUACCUUUAUUAACCAAUAGCAUCAUUGUAUCAAUUUAUCAUUCUUACUUGAUUGUUAAAAAUAGCUUGGCAGUGAUAGAGGAUUCAUGAGCAGAACAGCUUGGCAUGCUUUUUUAAAAAAUAACAGCCAGUACCAGGAUGCUGAAACCAAGGAAGUCCACCCACAGACUAUUUAAAGAGGAUCUAAGCCCAUAAAAAAAUAAUUGAUGUAAACCCAGAGUGGUCCUCUGAGCACUUUUACAAUUAACAUUCAUUUUAUUUUAAGUGUUUCCGCAAUUUUCUGGUUUCUGUGAUAUUGGCAGUUUAAAACUGUAAGGGCCAGGGCAAAUGGAGUGUUCGAUUCAAUGCUCUUGCAGCCUUUGUUGUUUUUUCCCAUGUCCACUUGAGUGCAGGUACAUGGAGCAGAGGCUGCCACUCCACUCAAGUGGAAGCUGUACUUUUCAUGCAGAUCAACGGAGCUGGAAAAGUGAGUGGAUCCGCUUCUCUCAGCCUGCAAAAAAAAAAGCUAAAUUUGCAAAUUUUUAAUAUUUUAAGUCAAGAAGUAUAUUAAAGUCUGACCAAGCGAGAAUCUA